CUUUUUUAGGCCGAGAAAAGAAAAUGGGACAAUGAUAUAUCUUAAAAUAAAUUGAAAGUGCAAUGUGUAUGAUCGAUCAGAUAUCUCAAUUUCAGGAACCCAGAAAGAGGGACUUGUCUUUUUCCUCCAAAGGGUUCCUGACGUUCGUUUCUUGCCUACAAUUUUUUCUCUUCUGAAUUUCAUUCUUUGUUAAGAGCUCAGAUUCUUCUUCUCCUCUGCUUUUCUAUUUUCUGGGAGCUCGAUGGUGGAUGAUAAAGCUCGACAACAAGAAGAACAUGGGUCUCACCAACAUCAUCAUUCUCCUCUGCAAAUGGAUGGAAAUUCUGUUGAGAUAGCAGAAGAACAAGAGCUAUCAUCACCGGGCCGAGACCUAUGGAGGCGAGGUCUUGAGUUAGAUUUACCAUCAACAACACCUCAAGACACUGCAAGAGAUGAUCUUUUGAGACGAAAUGCAUCUCUAACUUCAAGUCCUGUUGCCAAAAGAGUCAACUUUUCUCCAAUGUCGAGCCCUAGAAUCGGGCAACGUGCUGCAUCCUUGAGUCCCUCCUCCUCUUCUUCAUCUUCAAGAAACAAACCUAAUAGCCUGAAGAAUCUAAUCCCCAAGUUAAGCUUCAAGAACCGGAACAGCAAUAAUGUGGAUAUCGAGAAAGCCGCGGAUUUGGGGUUUGUGUCCUCCCCGUCUUCAGGAAAUAGCAGGGACAGGUCCACAUGGACUCUCACUAAUAUCUUAACUCCAAGAUUGAAGAAAACUGAGUCUCUUCCUGUAACCCCUAUAGCUCACUCAAAUCCUGAGUCCACUCACGGGAGAUUUGCGGUUGAUAUAGUUACUUCCACGAAAAAAGGGCCUCCACUGCCGAUCCACCGUUCACGCUCUGUCCCAGCACUCAACAAAGAUGGAAGUCUAAGGCAAUUAGGUGUUUUUCGGGUGAUUCCAACUCCAAACAUGACGCCAACCAGAAAUACUAUUAAACUUAACGACGCGAAUGUUGAUGGCGCUGAAGAUGUUCCUGAAGAAGAAGCUGUGUGUAGAAUCUGCCUGGUAGAAUUGGGAGAAGAUUCAGAAGCCUUCAAGAUGGAAUGUAUGUGUAGAGGGGAACUAGCUCUUGCCCACAAAGAAUGUACAAUCAAAUGGUUCACCAUUAAAGGAAACCGAACAUGUGAUGUGUGCAAGCAAGAGGUUCAGAAUCUCCCUGUGACCCUUCUACGCAUGCAGAAUUCUCGGGGUAGUAUUGGAGCUCCAGAUACCGAGGCUGCACACUACAGUUUAUGGCAGGAUGUUCCAAUUCUUGUCAUUGUAAGCAUGCUUGCAUACUUCUGUUUUCUCGAGCAGCUUCUGCUUACAAAAAUGCAAUCCGGCGCCAUUGCAGUUUCUUUACCAUUCUCUUGCGUUCUUGGUCUUUUUGCUUCGAUGACGUCAACAACAAUGGUGCAGAAGAGAUAUGUCUGGAUUUAUGCCACAACUCAGUUCGGUCUUGUUGUUUUUUUCUCUCACGUUUUCUUCACAUUGGUUCGCAUGCAGCCGGUUGUGGCCAUUCUCUUAGCCACAAUUGUUGGGUUUGGACUCACCAUGAGCGGUACAACAGGUCUAGUCGAGUUUUCAAAAUGGAGGAGAAGCAAUAGGACAGCUGAACCUCCAAACAGUAGUCAGGUGGAUCAACCAUCGGUUGAGACAACAGAUCAGAGCAUAUCUGGAUCCAGAAACUGAAGCCAGAGGUCCUGAAUACUAAUCAUAUGUUCCAGUAGCGGUGUAUGGUAUCGAAUCAAGUUUUUGGGACAACUCUAGAUAUCUAUUUAGAGAUGUAAGAACAGAUUGGUCAUGUGAGUUAAGUAGUGAUAGUUGACGAGAUUAAGGCUCGAUUUUGGGGGGUCUCUUUUGUGUGUGAUUAUGAGUGUAUAUCAUCUGUUGUGUUCUUAAAGAAAAACAGAGAAAGAAAGUUUUGAAUUUUUUUUUUUU